GCCUUUUUUGUUUCAAAGGGUUUUAUAAGCAGCUACCAGAACCCCUAUCAACUCAAGAAUGCAAAAUGCUACAGUAUAGAAGAAAAAGUGAUACAAUCAAGCGAAAAGUUAGGCAGAAUUUUUUAAACAUUUGUGAUUCGGAGGUUUCAGAAUCAGUGAAGCAAUGGUUGAGAAUGCCAACAUUUGAUAGCAGACAAUGGGAAGACGAAGAGUUAUUGCUACUUUUACAACAAAUGUAUUUAGAUCUCGACUUCUGUUCUAAAUUCGCAAUCAAUAUUAAUACAUUAAGAAACUUUUUAUAUGAAGCUUAUAAAAACUAUAACGAUGUUCCCUUCCAUAACUUUAGGCACUGUUUCUGCGUCGCACAAAUGAUGUACUCUAUUACGUGGUGUGUAGAUCUUCCUUCAAAAAUUGGUGAUUUAGAAGUGCUAAUUUUACUAACUUCGUGCAUAUGCCACGACCUGGACCAUCCCGGCUACAACAACAUUUAUCAAAUAAACGCGAAAACCGAACUCGCUAUAAGGUACAAUGACAUAUCCCCGUUGGAAAACCAUCAUUGCAGCGUAGCAUUUAGAAUACUUGAGAACGAAGACUGUAACAUAUUCCAGUCGUUUUCGGCCGAGGAAUUCAAGCAGGUGAGAGAAGGUAUGAUAAGGUGCAUCCUAGCAACCGAUAUGGCAAGGCACAACGAAAUACUACAACAAUUCAAAGAAAUUACUCCCGAAUUUGACUACUCCAAUAAAGCCCACGUAAAUUCGUUAAGCAUGGUCCUUAUAAAAGUGUCAGACAUAUCAAAUGAGGCAAGACCAAUGGACGUGGCAGAGCCAUGGUUAGACAGAUUGCUUCAGGAGUUCUUCAAACAAAGUGAUGCCGAAAAACUCGAAGGCCUACCAGUCACACCUUUCAUGGAUAGAGAAAAAAUUACGAAACCUUCUUCCCAAUGUUCAUUCAUUGGAUUCGUUUUAUUGCCUCUCUUCGAAGCACUUGGGGAACUUUUAACGGAACUACAGGACCUAAUUAUACAGCCAGUUAGAGAAGCUUUGGACUACUACAAAAAGCUCAACGAGGCUAGCAAAGAAGAGCGGCUGCAUCGAAAGAGCAUUGUCUCGGACAAUACCGAUCACAGCAGCGAGAACACUCCUAAUGUGACGCCUAAAUCGAACUCAAGCACCAGUAUUAAAAUGAAGAAAAGCCUAAGCUUCCAGAACCGUACCAGCUCUAGAUCGGUAGACGACGAAGUUGAAAUGGGAGUGGAUCACAGAGAAGAAAUCGACGUCGAAAUUCAACCACUCGAAGAUGUUCUUGAAGACAUCGAAAGUGGUGAAGAACCUACAGAAGUUGAAGUGUCAGAGAAGGCAUUAAAGUUUAAAAUAUCGACCGAACCAACAGUAUGUGCAGGGAGGAAAAGUUAUCCCGGAUCCCGGAAAGGGAGCAGGGAAAAAGUUCCCAACAUAAAUAACGUAGAUUUGGUGAGAGUUUUGCAACGCGAAAAAGGGAAAUUGCGAGCGGGAAUGCUCAGCUUCGAUCAGCGGAACGUCUACCUUGGCAAGAAAUUAUCCAUAGAUAACCCCGAAUAUUUGGACGAGGUCAACAAAAAUUACGACGUUAAAUGUUACAACAUAAACAACCGCAACGAAAUUGACGACGACGAAUGUAUCAUAUCGAAGGAAACUUUGAAUUUGAACAAAAGAAAUUCCGAACAUUCUGUCAAAACCUACAUUUCCGACGAGAAACGUAGUAUUUUGAAAAGUAGCGAAUGCCGAUCAUUAACAAAUGUAGAAAAAUUAAAAAUGAAUAGUCUCCAUUCGUCCCCCGCCGAUUCCCUGACCCCCGACCAAUCCCCAAGAGCUAGGAGCACAUCGGUUGCUGGUACGACCGAUCAACCUUCGCUUUCCAAAGAAAAGAAAAAAAUGUCACUCUUGAAAAACAUCAAGAGAAGCUUUAACAGCAGAACUUUCGACUCACCGGACACUCUAGCUACAGACAACAAAAUAACAACAGAAGGUGACACUAAACCUCACCAGUUAUGCACCACCACGACCCAAGAAACGGAAUCUCUCGUAGAAACUAGUACCAAAUCCAAUAGAUCCAUAAUAUCCCGGUUGAAACACUUUUCGGAAAAGUUUGGACUAACAAUGGAGAAAUCUCCGGUACCAAAAACUCCAAAGAACAACAACAGCAGCAGCAAAAGAACUACUCUCACAUUGAGGAGGACCAAAAUGGACUCGGAAUGUUGCCAAAGCCUUGAAAGUAUUUCCAAAGCGAACACACUUCCUAAAGUAAGAAAGAGCAUGAGUGCGGCCAGAAAAGGAUGGAAAUUCUUCACUGGUAAGGACAAAUCACCCAACAGUUUAGACGUUUGGGCUUCAGAGGCCGAUUUCAACAAGCAUUCGGACAAUACUUCGAUACCGUCAAGUUCACAACUGAAACCAGACGUAGAAAGAGUCGAAUUGAUGGAAAAGACCAAAUCUUUGACAAAUAUUCAAACGGUUGAAAAGGAAGCAUCUUCAACGUCAUCUUCGGAUGAGAAACAACAACAGCAACAUAUCCAUGCAACGAAGGGACCAAGGGCGGAUGACGUGCAUGGCAGAAAUGAACCCAUAACAAAAAUACAGGACAUAUACAAGGACCACGUGAUGGUAACAGCAAGCAACAAUCAGCAGAAGCAUACGGAAAUGAUAUGACAGAAAAGCAACGCCCCUGGGGGUAUUGGGGAUGGACUAGCUAACUAUUUCUUUUGUCGGUGUUGUACAUACAAUGGUACUAUUUCAACACCUAGUGACAAUGUCUAGAUCAGAUGAAAAAUGUAAAAUAAUGUGCAGUGGCUGAUCAUAUACAUAUAUAUAUAUAC